AUGCGUGAAAUGGUUCACAAGAAGAAGUGGCCCAUCAGCGGCCAGCCUCGAGGCCAUCUUUCUCAUCCGGGAAACAUGCACUUGCUUCGUUCUCGUUCCCUCGGUCUUCUUAGCACAAACAUGGCCUUCCAGCUCUCUCAGCAAUAUCCGACUUUCCGCGCACAGAAGAGCAUGGGUCUCAUCGGCGGCAUGCCCACAUACACGCCAAUAGAGGGUUUCGCUGUCCCCGAUAACUCAAGUUCUCUCCGCGCGGAACAUACCUCUCAACAUGGGAACGGCCAGAUACGCCUCGUGUAUACCAUCGAAGCAUCGGCAAAAUCUCACUUCACAUGGUUCCCCGCAGUCAAGCUGGAAGAUGGCGCCCAGCACAAGAAUCUCCGCGUCUUCUCCGCCUCCACUGGUGAGGAGCUCAUCUCCUUCGCACAAAAGUCGCAGGAGAACUGGGACCUUCAGUACACCAUAUUCGAGUCGCAUGCCAUUCGUCUUGUUGCUCAGGAGAUCCAGGUCUAUCGCCCUGCUGAAUGGAGGAAGGGAAUCGUGGAUCAGCUGCGCGUUGAAGGCGCAUCGAUGGUACUCGUCCUUACACAAAGGGAGGCCGACAACUCGAACAAGAGCUACUACGGCGAGACUGGUAAUUUCGACUUCCGCGUCACCCUGGACAAGGAGAGACCCAUCCAUGCCGUCUCGUGGAGCCCAAACUCCAAAGAAUUUGGCGUUGUCUAUAGAUACAUGCCUGCUAAAACUACACUCUUUGAUCAACGUAUGCGGACGCUCCAUUAUUUUGGAUCCUCUCCUCGUAACUCUUUCAACCCACAAGGUUGCCUCGUUGCACGAGAGACGGAAGAAAAUAUGCGUGCCUUGAAAUUUAUCAAGUCGAGCACGUAUAAUUUUCUUCCGGAUCAUCGACGCAUCGAUGAAGGGCGUUGGGGCGGUGCCGACAUACUUAGCUGCAUCAGCAUUUGCCUAGUUCACUGCAUCUCUAGACUGCGAGCCCUCAACCCUAUCCACUGGUGACUCGACAGCUCAUAUAUCCCAGAUUACGCAACGGUCACAGUCGACCAGUCCCACUGAUAGACUCUUGCUGUUCUUCGUUGGACCACUCACUCCAAUACUCUUCGGAGCGCUCAUCUUGGCUGGGAGGUUGUCGGACUCGUCAGACAAAAUGAACAGGACCGAUGAUCAGAUGCACUGGUUAUUGUCAAUGGGGGAUUUCUCCCAGCUUGAAUGGACUCUUGUCCAUACUACCAGGCCGAACUUCUCCCACUUGGCCUAUCGAUGA